AUGGCUUCUGCUAUCAACUCAGUGCCGGCCAACAACGCGUCUGGCAAUGCCAGCGCGGGUGCCCCCAACCCCGGCAGAUCUACCCUGAGAUCCAGUAACAGCACCAAGGGGUCCGACAACCGUCGACAGUCGGGCAGCCCUGUCGAUGGCGGACAGCGGCGCACAAAUUCCCACAAGGCCUGGACCCAAGGGACCAACCCCAUCACCCAACGAUCUUCAUACACUUCAUCGAACGGCAACAUGACCCACCAGAAACAGUCUGGAUCCCCGAGACCCAACCAGAAGGAGUCAAACACGCCUGAUAGCCAUGCUCAUGACCGCCUUGUCUUCUUAUUCGCCAGCUUCAUUGGCCUAAAUACCACAAUUACCACCAAGACCGGAGAGAAAUUUACCGGUAUCUUCUCCUCCACGACCAUGGAGCCCAACGAACUUUCGUUCCUGCUCAAGAUGGUCCAGCGAACCUCGCAAGAGAGCCAGCCCCGGACAAACGGCGUCAGCGAUGUCGCAACUCCGUACAUAGGCUCCGCACCCGAGCACAUCAUGUCAUUCGAUAUUAAGGAUGUCGUCGACAUUGCCGUUCCAAACGUUACCACAGCCGAAGUUUCAGCCAAGGAACCAAACGGUGCUUCCCAGGGUUUCAGAACCGACAGUGAUAUCUCCGGAAACCUAGCCAUGCGAGAGCGCACCUUGCAGCGCUGGGAACCUGCCGAGACCGACAUUGAUAUGUCACUUGACACGAGCAACACUUCUGCGGGAUGGGACCAGUUUGAGGCAAACGAGCGUCUUUUCGGCGCCAAGACCAACUAUGAUGAGAACAUCUACACCACUCGCCUCGACCGUUCGGAUCCCAACUACAAGCAGAAACACGCGGACGCAGCUCGGAUUGCCCGCGAGAUUGAGGGACAAGAUGUGGACAACUCCCACAUGCGCGAGGAGCGUGGCCUUGUAGCACCGGAUACUGGCGACCAAGACGAAGAAGACAAGUACAGCGGUGUUCGUCGCGAAGACAAAGCCUUCCCUCCUCUGCUUUCCGGCCAGCCAAACAAGUACAUGCCCCCCGGACGCCGCCAGGCAGCUCCCCAGCCUGCUGCGACUCCCAGUGCACCCACCAAACAGCCUGUGGCUUCUCCGGUCCCCACCGCUCCUAUCCCCAUCCCCUCGCAGGCCGUGGCAAAGGAAACUGCACCCUCAGACCAGCAAGCCGAGCUGGUCGCAUCGCUACAACCCACAGCAGAUAUCGAGCAAAAGAAUGCCUCGGGCAAGGGUGUCACACCCGCAGUAUCUACCCCCCGGCUGCACCAGCUGCAAAGCGGGCUGCACCUGACAAUGCGACCGCAAACGUGGAGGUAG